CCUCUGGAAAUCGUGUUAAUAUCAUAGGACAUGUAAUGUGGAUUUCCAGUCAUUUGAAGGUUCUUCUCAGGACAUUAGUUGUAGAUCUCCACACCUGUUGUAGGUCCCAAGCAAUGAAGGCUUCAGGAAAACACUUCCCAAAGGUUUACGUGACCAGAAGGAUUCCACCAGAUGGUAUGAAGAUUCUCCGUCAGUCAGGAUGCUGCGAUAUUGAGCAAUGGGACUCUGAUGAUCCUGUACCACGCUCUGAACUUCUCAAGAAGGUUGUUGGAAUUCAGGGAUUGUACUGUCUCUUGACCGAGAAGAUUGACAAGGAGUUACUAGAUGCUGCAGGUCCAAACUUAAAAGUUAUCAGCACCAUGUCUGUGGGAUAUGACCAUUUGUCAUUGGAUGAAAUUAAAAAAAGAGACAUUCGAGUUGGAUUUACCCCAGAUGUUUUAACAGAAGCUGUGGCUGAACUUACAGUGGCGCUAUUGCUAGCGACAUCUCGAAGGCUAAUUGAGGCUGUGGAUGAAGCAAGGAGUGGGGGAUGGGGCACAUGGAAACCCCUAUGGAUGUGCGGAAGUGGACUCUCUGGUAGUACUGUUGGAAUCCUUGGAAUGGGCCGAAUUGGUGAAGCCAUUGCACAUCGUUUGAAGCCAUUUGGUGUCAGCAAAUUCAUAUACAAUGAUAUUGCACCUAGACAUGAACUAGCCCAAAAGAUCUCAGCUGAAUAUGUUUCCUUGCUUGAACUGGCCAAGCAGUCCGAUUUCCUUCUGGUGUGUUGUGCAUUGACACCUGAAACGCAUGGGAUCUGCAAUAAACAGCUCUUCUCCAACAUGAAAAGCAGCGCAAUCUUCAUAAAUACAAGCAGGGGAGCUGUGGUAAACCAGGAGGAUCUUUAUCAGGCCUUGGCGUCUAACCAGAUUGCAGCUGCUGGUCUUGAUGUAACAGUACCUGAGCCGCUUCCUACGGAUCAUCCUCUCUUCACACUCAAAAACUGUGUCAUUCUUCCCCACAUUGCCAGUGCCACUGUGGAAACAAGGAAUGCCAUGGCGGCCCUUGCUGCAAACAACUUGUUAGCAGGACUGAAAGGAGAAUCAAUGCCCAAAGAAGUACCACUGAAUUAACGAAGAGUAGUGGGUUCUCUAAGUGUGGCAUCCAGCAAGCAUGUGGCUGUACUUGCAGUAAUGAGACUGAAUAACCGUUCUCACUAUAUAUAUAUAUAUAUACACUAAUUAACUAUAUAUAUGUUACACUGAUGUCUAAUUUUUCAUCUAAGCAAACGCAAAGCUUGAACUAAAGCAUUACAUUUACUGCACUGACAUUACAGAGGUCUCUGCCGGCAAUUGUUCUAUUUGUUCUUCUUUUGUCCUAAAAACAGCAUUUGACCUUCAUUUAGACCGGAAUACAGUACGUGUUAAAUAAUUUGAAGGACAAUUAGGGUAUAUUCACACUCAGCAGAUUUGUUGCAGAACUUUGCGCAACUGGAAAUCCGUUCCAUAAACCACAUGGAAUUCUGCAAGCUCCAGUUAGUUAAUAAAGGAGACAGUAGCAAAAAUGUGUGUGAAUUUACCCUUAAUUUGGUUUGUAAUUAUCAUUUUCACUUCAUGCAAUCAAAGGGGUGUUUCCACAUUUCUGGCCAUAAAUGGUAGAUGUGGAGAACGACAGUCCUGCAAUCUGCCCGGUGGGUCAGUCACUGGCUGCUGCAUUGGAGGAGGAUGACUCAUAUGGGGAGUUGGCUCAUAUCUCCGCACCUCUCGCCAUACACUUACGCUUUGUUGCAGACCAUAAGUGUAUUUUUAAUUCUCCAUGUUGCCUACUUGAAGAUACCACCCACCAACUGUCAGCAUAGAGAGGAGGAUACCUGUGGAGUAUUUUCUGGAGGCAACUUGGGAGGUCCAACAGACCUAAGAUGUAUGUCCAUCAUUCUUCAUUCAAGGUGAUCGGCUAGUUUCCUGGUGCCCGGUUACUAUAAACUG